AUGCGGCGUUACUAUGGACAGCUUGAGUCCGUCUUGAGGCAACAGACGUUAGCCUUGCGUUUUAAAUGGGGCCCAGGCAGGCGGCUGACGACUGUCAUUAUUCCACAUUCAAUUUCUACUCAACGAUGCAGUUAUCAUGACUACUCAAGGCAGACCGCAUAUCCUCCUCCGCCCUCCCCUUCCUCGAUGCAGCAGCCGCAGGUUUCACCCUAUCCACCGUAUGUACACCAAGGGGUUCCACCUGGUCAACCAGUAUAUAACACGCAACGGGGAACUCCAGGCCUCCUCGGUGCCACGGUGCCAGAGUUGGGAACCAAGGAGCGACCGCUAGUUGUUCUCUCGGCCCCUCAACAAACAUCUUGGGCAACGCGAAUGUGGUUACUGCUGCUUUUUGGGAUUGGAAUCAGUUGUGUACUUAACCUUAUUGAUGAAUUGAGUAGCCGAAUACAGGAAAGCAGCUCAUCUGUGCGGUCGUCACCUGUUUCCCGAGCGGCACUCACGGGCGUGUUUGUAUCUUCCGAUGUGAGGCCGGUGGACUUAAAUGAUCUUGAAGUUACCUUUGAUUCCAUUCGUGGUUGUGACGAGGCAAAAGAGGAGCUUGAAGUAGUUGUUGAGUUUCUUAAGGAUCCAGAGAGGUUUUAUUACCUGGGAGGGCGACUUCCGAAGGGCGCACUGUUGGUCGGUCCCCCUGGGUGCGGCAAGACUAUGCUUGCGAAGGCCAUUGCCAAGGAGGCUGGGGUGAACUUUUUCUACGCCACAGGGAGUGAGUUUGACGAAAUGUACGUGGGUGUCGGGUCCCGUCGGGUACGAGAACUGUUUGCGGCUGCAAAAGCAAACGCCCCAGCCCUAAUCUUCAUUGAUGAAAUUGAUGCCUUAGGUGGUAAACGAUCGAGAGCGGAUCACGCCUAUUCUCGCAUGACAUUAAACCAACUUUUGGCUGAGAUGGAUGGCUUCCGUUCGAAAGAGUCAGUCGUUGUUUUGGCGGCCACUAAUACCCCGGAUGCGUUGGACAAGGCUCUAACUCGCCCCGGGCGAUUUGACACCACAAUUUCUGUAGACCCUCCAGAUAUGAAGGGGCGUGAGGAGGUGUUAGAGGUGUAUUUGAAAAAGGUGAAGGCAGAUGCCUCGGUGAACGCCCACUCCAUCGCGCGAGGAACCACAGGUUUUACUGGUGCGGAGCUGAACAAUUUGGUUAACAUUGCCACAAUUCGAGCUGCGGUAAUGCGUAAAAAUGCCGUCACCAUGGAGGAUGUUGAGUACGCCAAGGAUCGUGUGAUGAUGGGCACAGCAAGCAAUAAGGUGAUUCCGGAGGAGGAGCGACGAGUGACCGCGUACCAUGAAGGGGGCCAUGCGAUAGCGGCAAUUCUUCUAGAGAAGGAAGGCGCAGAGCCUGUGCAAAAGGCCACCAUUGUUCCUCGAGGCAAUGGUAUCAUGGGGCUCGUUGCGCAGGCUCCUGAAAGGGACACAUACAGCCAAAGGAAAAGACAGUGUUUGGCGCGACUUAAAGUUUGCCUGGCAGGUCGCGUGGGGGAAGAGAUUCUGCUUGGGGAAGAUGAUGUGACCACGGGUGCCAGUUCGGAUUUUCAUCAAGCGUCGCAAAUGGCGCGUAAUAUGGUACGACGCUUUGGAUUUAGUGAUGAGGUUGGUUUUGUUGACUACGAGUCCGCCGGCACACCAGAGGGCGCAUAUAUGUCAGAGGCAACAAAAAGCAAAAUAGAAACAGAGGUCGCCUCCCUCCUAAAAGACUCCUACAAGGAGGUCAAAGAAAUGCUCCUUAGUCACAGGAAGGAGCUGGAUUCCGUCGCUCAGCACCUAAUGCAACACGAGACCUUAACAGGCGAGGAACUGAAACGAAUUCUGAAGGGGGAGGUACUGCCGGCAAAGGUCACAACGGAGAGCCUUCAACCUCCUGCCAAGAAACCGCCCAAGGGCUCGGACGGGAUGACGGGACGACGUCGACCUGUGCCAAUUUCAUAG